GCCGGCAGCGGCGGAGGAGAGCGGAACAUGAUGAAUCGGAGCCCCUCAGAGUGGUUCUUCCAGAAGUUUCUAGAAGAGGAGGCAGUAAGAUCAAAUUUGAAUCCUAAUCCGAGUCCUAACCCUAAUAUUGCUUGUGCAUCGUCUGCUGUGUCCUCGAAUUUGUCGUCUAGUAGGAGAGAUGGAGGAGACGAUGAGGUUGUUGAGAUCAAGAAGCCUCUGAUCGCAGCCGUUGGUUCAGUGCCGUCGUCUUCUGAUCCUACGGCUGAUGUUGAUCCUGGGGAAUAUGCGGCGAUGCUGAAGCAGAAGCUGGAUAUGUAUUGCCAUGCUGUCGCAAUUGCUCGGGGUACAGGCAUAACACCCCAGGAUUCUUCCUUAGCUGAUUCCAAGUCUCCAGCUUCAGACUCCUCACAGCUGGAACCUCAAGCUCUUGUUAAUGGAAAUGGUUCUAAGUUUCAAACUAAGACAGGUGGUGGAUCAAAUGGAGUUUCAGCCUUACCCAUUGUGCAGAAUUCAGGAACACAGGGCAGGCCAGCUACCAGUGGUUCUUCAAGGGAGCAAACUGAUGAUGAGGACCUUGAAGGAGAAACUGAAAUGACUGAUAACAUGGACCCUGCGGAUGCAAAACGUGUAAGGAGGAUGCUCUCAAAUCGAGAGUCAGCAAGACGCUCUCGAAGGAGAAAGCAAGCACAUUUAAGUGAACUUGAGGCACAGGUGUCACAACUAAGAGUGGAGAACUCAGCUUUGUUGAAGCGCCUUACUGACAUAAACCAGAAGUACAAUGAAGCUUCUGUAGACAAUAGGAUACUGAAAGCAGAUGUCGAGACUUUGAGGGCUAAGGUAAGUUGUUAUGUUACCUAGGCGAGCAUGUAAAUUUUAACGCUGCAGUGUAAAAAUGAGAUAUCAUGGUUAAUAUCUGCAUCUGUUUCCUUAGAUGAUGAAAGUGUUUUCCUUUGUAUAUAUACUACGGUGAUAAUUAAUCAGUAUUAAACAA